UGUUUAAAUAUAUGCUACUUAACGACACUUCACCACAUGUGUUGUUCGUUAAAUAGCUAAUUAAAUAACAAAGAAAAGGUACAUGGAUUUCAACUCGUGGAUUAUUAUAUGUUUAUAAGACGGACACACUAGCGAACAAAAUGGCUAGUGGAGGAGACAUUAAUACAGACAAACUUUCUGAUGAAACAUUUGAUCUGCUGUGUACAAUGUGUAAAAAUCAAGGAAAAAAAACUGAAGCGGAAAAAUUCUGUGUUGAUUGUCACGAUUAUUAUUGUUUAACCUGUCUAAAAGUUCACAGCCAGGUGCCUUUGCUAAUGCGGCAUAAGGUUCUUGAUAAAAGUCGGUAUCAGCCAGGAACCAUCCAAGCACUACCUAUGGCACCGACAGAGAGAUGUAACAGACACAACCAUAAACACAUAGACAUGUACUGUCGGAACCACGAUGAUGUUGGUUGUUCUACUUGUAUGGCAGUGGAACACAGGUUAUGCACGGAUAUCUUCUAUAUACCAGAGUUUAUUUAAAACAAUCCGAACGCAGUUGCACCUACAGACUUUCAACUGCAGCUAGAAGCAGUUGCCCUAGCCUUGACAGAACAAACUGACAGUUUUCAACAGGAAAAACAAUGUCUCUUCAAAAAGAAGUCUGAGCUACUUGAAAAAAUCAAAAUGUUUAGGAAAGAGAUCAAUUACCGUCUGGAUGAGUUAGAGAAGAGUUCUGUGGAUGAAAUAGAAAAUAAAUUUAAAGCUAUGGUCGACCAGAUUGAAGAAGAAAUAAAACAGUUACAAACAAUCAAAGCUAAUGUUUCUUCAGUUAAAGAAAAGCUAUCAUCUGCACACACCAAUGUAUCAGAAGUCUUUGUUAAUGUGAAGACGGGAGAAAAUUUUGUAAACAAUGCUACUUAUUGCAUAGAAGCCAACAAAAUGAGGAUCCAGUUGGGGGAUAUUGAAUUUACGGCUAAUUCCGAAAUACUUCCACUAUUACAGAAGAUUGUUACACUUGGCGAAUUUACAGAAAUUAACGCAGCUGUAGAACAUAAUCCUGCCGCGAAAACUCAACAGAAAAAUCCCUUACUUCAGAUCAAAAACAAGAAAACAUAUUGUCUCAGAGCUCAAUCGGACAGAAACACAUGUGAUGUCGUCAGUAUCUGUGCUCUUGAGGAUGGAACAAUAACACUGGCUGACUAUAACAACCUGAAGCUGAAACGGUUAAACAGUUCAACCUUUGAAGUCAUAAAUUACUUUAACCUACCUGGGGUGCCGUGGCAAUUAUGUACCAUCGACGGACAAAAUGUGGCAGUAUCUGUUCCAACGAAACAAGAAGUUUUCUUCAUUUCAGUAGGAAAUUAUAUGACAACAAAACACAAGAUAAAAACUGAUUUUGAUUGUUUUGGCCUUGCAUAUGCAAACAGCAAUCUGUUUAUAACAGAUGAGUCUUCAUCAGUUUACAUGUACAAUACAUCAGGAAAAAAGUUGAAAAAAGUCAAUAAGGAACAGCCAGGGCAGGGUUUGUUCUCUGAUAUCAGAAGUCUUGUGGUUUCUAAAGAUGCUUCAAAGAUUUAUGUUGCUGACUUCGAUAAAGGUCUGGUUGUACUGAGUAACAAUGGACAGGUUGUUGGGGUAUAUAAUGAUCAGCAGCUACAAGGUGCAUUUGAUUGUUAUCUCAGUGAAACAGAAAAUGUCCUUGUAUGUGGACAUAACUCGAAAAAUAUUCUGCAGUUUGGACCCGAUGGUAAUCUGAUAGGCGAAGUACUGAAAUUCAGUGGUGAAUAUAAAGGACCUCGAUCAAGCUGUUGUAUUCAACAAAUGACAAAAAUGAUCAUAGGCAUGUUAAGAGACAGCGUUGAAGUAUUUGAGAUAGUUGCUGAAUAAGGAAGUCAGAUCUACUUGCACUACUACAUGUACAAAACAAAAUGCAUUACUUUACUAAACGAAUGGGCAAUCAUUAUCAGUAUAUUUGAUUUAUAAACGUAUUUUUAAUUACCCUUACUUAUUUUACAUCUCAAAUAACUUGAAAUAAAAUAACCUGUUUGUAUAGCAGAAUAAAUAAAUGAGAUUUCAUCUAA